CUCGAUUUUAACAUUCGUUUUCGUGGUCUUGUUCGCCAUUACAGCUGCUGUAGAACUCAUAUUUAGCAUCGUUCAUCUCCUUAAUUUAUUCAUUUUUCCUGUGCAGUUUUCAACUAUUCCGGCGAUAAGGGACAAUGGUGCGAGCGUAUAAAAUGAAAGGGAAAAAGAGGAAGAUCAAAGGAGAGAAGUACGACAGAGAAGAAGAAGAACAACACGAGCCAUUGGAGGAGACUGUAGCUCAAGAACCGCAGAAGAAAAUGAAAACAGAAAUAGCCGAGCCGGAGAGGAAAGAUGAGCAACCGGAGGCGGAGGCCGCCGGUGAAUUGCCCGGAAUUCCGAUUGUUCCGGUGGAUAGCAAUGUUAACAAACCGGGCGUUGUCUUUAUUCUCGAGAAGGCGUCUUUGGAGAUCGCCAAAGUUGGAAAGACCUAUCAGCUUUUGAGUUCGGACGAGCACGCCAAUUUUCUGACGAGGAAUAAGCGGAACCCUGCAGAUUAUCGGCCGGACAUUGCUUUUCAGGCUAUUCAAACAAUAUUAGACAGUCGGGUCAACAAAUGCGGGAGAUUAAAAGCUUUAUAUGUGAGGACACAGCAAGGCCUUCUUUUGCAUAUCAAACCUCACGCUCGUAUGCCGAGGACAUAUAAGAGGUUCUCUGGUCUCAUGGUGCAAUUGCUGCAAAAGUUGCACAUUACGGCAGCUGGUAAAGGCGAAAAGCUUCUACGUGUGAUAAAAAACCCAGUCACCCAGUAUUUACCCAUCAACUCUCGGAAAAUAGGCUUCUCUCACAGUUCAGAAAAGUUGGUCGAUAUGUAUGACUAUGUGGGUACUGUGAACAAUGAAUUGGAUCUCGUUUUUGUGGUAGGGGCAAUGGCCCAUGGGAAAAUUGAUGAAGAUUAUGUCGAAGAUUAUAUAUCAGUUUCUGAAUAUCCAUUGAGUGCCGCAUACUGUAUAUCGAUGAUAACAACUGCUGUCGAGAGAAAAUGGAAGAUUCUGUAAAUAAAUGCAUUAAUCAAAAUCGAAAUUCGACUUUUGGUAGGAUGCAUUUUGUUUCGUGGCUGCUAUUAUACUUCUUUACCAAAGGAUGUUCGGUUUUUCCAGAGCUUGCAUUGUGUAAGUGCAUUGUAUCUUUGAGUAUCGACACGUAGGAUUAAUUCUUCGAUGGUUUAUUAUAGUUCAAACUCAUUUUACUCGUAUGGAAUGUGUUUUUACGCCUAUAUUCAGUUUCGAUGAUCUUCUCGAAAAUGGCUAUGUAUGUAAAACAGAAUGCUUUGUAGUUCAAGGAUGUAUAGAAGUAGUUUUAUUGAAGAAAAAACC